AAAUUCAAGAAUGUCGAUGAAUCUCCUCCGGAUGGCAUCAAGGUUGUGGUCAACGACGAGGACUUCUCUCAAAUAUGUGCUGAUAUUGAAGGGCCAGUUGGGACUCCUUAUGAGAAUGGACUUUUCCGUAUGAAGUUGGCAUUAUCUCAUGAUUUUCCACAUUCUCCGCCUAAAGGCUACUUUAUGACAAAGAUAUUCCAUCCCAAUGUUGCUUCUAACGGAGAGAUUUGCGUUAACACGCUUAAGAAAGAUUGGAACCCUAGUCUUGGAUUAAGACAUGUUCUCUCUGUUGUGAGGUGCUUACUAAUCGAGCCAUUUCCAGAAUCUGCAUUAAACGAACAGGCUGGAAAGAUGCUACUUGAGAACUAUGAAGAGUACGCUAGGCAUGCUCGGAGCUAUCUCAGAGUCAACAACGGCUCUAAAUGUUGGCCAGCCCAACAACGAGACGCCUGGUGCAAUACCCUCUUCAGUGGCAGACAUCAUUAGAGUAAUAACAGCGACUGAACAAAUUGCUAACGUGCCUGUAGCAGCAGCAGCAGGAUCUGCAAGUGUGGCCACUACGACACAGAAAAGAGAAGCCGGUUUGGCCAAGGUUCAGGCAGACAAGAAGAAGGUAGAUGCCAGAAAGAAGAGCUUGAAGAGACUAUGAUGAUACUUCUCAAUUAGUGUCAUUUAUCUUAUCUCCAUCUCAUAAUGUUUGGAUUCUUCUGUCAUGUCAUCAUGACUCUGCCCCCUUUUUGCUCAACUCUUUUCCUAUCAAA